AUGAAACUAGCAAGAACAGAACACCAACCUAAAGAGAAGCUUCUUCCAAACCUUGCAAUUUGUGAAAUAAAUAAAAUGAUGCAAACAAAUGAUAAAACUAGCAAUGACACAAACAAAUAA